AUGCUCCUCCUCGCGCUUCUCCUCACUCUGCUCUGCCUGAUCUGUGCUAUCGGCAUGGGCGUGUGGCUUGGCAGUCAUGACCUACCAGCUCUGCCGUACUACGACGUGAGUUAUGAUUACCUGGGCGUGGGAGGGGAGGCGGCGCUGAACUUCUUCGCAACGCUGAUUCUGCUGCAGGUGCUGGUGCCGAUAUCGCUGUAUAUUUCCAUGGAGCUGGUGAGGAUUGUUCAGGCUGUGCUCAUGACUGGCGGCAAGAGCGAGAGUGGAUUGCUGUGCCGUGCGUUGAACAUUAAUGAGGAUCUGGGGCAGGUGAGGCACGUGCUGACGGACAAGACCGGCACACUCACUGAGAACCGCAUGGCCUUCCACUCCUGCUCCGUUGCUGGUAUAGAUCUGCACUCCCUCCUCACUCCAACCGGGAAAGCCUUUGACACUUCUGCUGCUGCUGCUGCCACUGCUGCUGGUGCCUCUGAGUCUGAGUUUAUCCGAAGGGCGUCUGCUGCUCCUGCUGCUGUUGGUCCUGCUGCUGAUGCACGGGCUGUGGAGGUUCAAGGUGGUGCCGAACCUGGAGCGGUCUCCGAGGCUGAUGUGGAGGCUCGGUCGGUGCAGCCGCCUGAUGGUGUUGGUGGUUUGGGACCGCUGCAGCUGUCAGCAGGGUUGGCUCGGGAGUUUGCUGACGUGGCGGGGCCUGGUGCUGGCGGGGUGCUGGAUGAGUUCCUAUUGGUGCUGGCGGCGUGCAACAAUGUGGUGCCGACACGUGUCAGUGUGACAGCGAGCGGUGAGCUGGAUAUGCAUGCUGUGGGCGAGGGGGAGGAUGACGUGGCAGAGGAGGAAGAGGGAGAGGAGGAGAUUGAAAGGGAGGGAGAUGGAAGAAGGGAAGAUGCUGGAGAGGAGCACAAGGGAAAUGGGGGGCCGGUUAUGGCAACGCAGAAUCGAAGUCCUGAUGCUGCAGCAUCUGUGGGUGCUGAUGUGGAACUGGGACUGCUUGACGCUGCAGCAGUGCCCAUUGCUGACGUGGCAAGUGAUGACGUGGCAGAGGAACUGGCGGAGGUGAUUGAGUACCAGGGCGAGUCGCCAGAUGAGGUGGCACUGGUGAAGGCUGCGGCCGGCAUGGGUUGGCAGCUAGUGCAGCGAUCAGAGCACCACAUCGUGAUCAACGUCCGAGGGAAGGACGAAAGGUACGAGGUGCUGGGGGUGCACGAGUUUGACAGCACCCGCAGGCGCAUGUCCGUCGUGCUUCGCUGCCCGGAUGGUUCCGCGAAGCUUCUCGUCAAGGGCGCCGACAGCGCCGUCCUCAGCCGCGCCGAGUGUGAAGAAGGUGCCGGGAAGCUUCCUGGAGGAGAGGAAGGAGGAGCAUCGGGGAGAGGAGUGGGGAAGGGUGGGAGACGGAGGCGAAGGAGUGGGAAGGGAUUUGGGUGUCAGGGGCCUCUGGGGGGUUAUGUCAGUUGCUUUGUGGGGACAGCAGCAGGGGCAGGGGACCGGGAAGAGCAGAGUGCAGCAACAGGGAUGGUGGUGGGGGAUGAGAUAGACGAGGAGAGUGAUGGUGACGACUGUGGGGAAGGCGAGGGGGAAGGCGAGGGGGAAGGCGAUGGGGAAGGCGAGGGGGAAGGCGAUGGGGAAGGCGAGGGGGAAGGCGAUGGGGAAGGCGAGGGGGAAGGCGAUGGGGAAGGCGAGGGGGAAGGCGAUGGGGAAGGCGAGGGGGAAGGCGAUGGGGAAGGCGAGGGGGAAGGCGAGGGGGAAGGGGAAGAGGAAAAGGGAAGGGAAGAGGAUGGUGGAUUGGAGGAAAGGGAAGGCGAUGCAGUGGUGGGUGCGGGGGAGAGUGUGCGAGAGAAUGGUCAUCUCCAGCACCAAAAAUCCUCGCACGAUCUCUCUCGUCAACAGCACCGCAUUCUCUCUGCCACAGAGCGGCACAUACACCAAUACUCCCAAGCUGGCCUGCGCACUCUCGUCAUUGCCACCCGCCCGCUCCCGCCCGCCGCCCUCCACGCCUGGCUCGCCGCCUACUGCUCCGCCGCCCGCUCCCUCUCCGCCGACCGGGACACACAGCUCGCCGCACUAGCAGACGAAACGGAGCGGCAGCUGCAGAUUCUGGGCGCUACAGGCAUAGAGGAUAGGCUACAGGCGGGCGUGCCGGCAGCGCUACAGAUGCUGAGAGGGGCCGGCAUGAAGGUGUGGAUGCUGACUGGAGAUAAGGUGGAGACGGGUGUUUCUAUUGCUCGGUCGUGUGGGCUGGUGAGGAGAGAGGACCGGGUUCCUGGGGGAGGACAACGGCGAGGGGAGGACAGGGGAGGAGGUGGGGAAACACAUGGGCGCCCUGGGCUCGUGGCAUGUAGGCAGUACAGCAGCGUCAUGCGCCAUGGCCAUCGAUGGCGCCACGCUGGCACUCGCUCUCUCACCUACUCUGCAAGGCCUGGUGAGAACAAGGCUCAUGAAUGCAUGAAUGCAGGGGGCUCGUGGCAUGCAGGCAGUGCAGCAGCGUCACGGGCCAUGGCCAUUGAUGGCGCUACACUGGCAGUCGCUCUUUCGCCUGCACUGCGCGGCCUGGUGAGAGCACACACACACAUUGACAUGAAGAAUCGCCCCGCCUGGCUUGCCCCCUUUGUCUUGCCCUCUCUGCUCCCCUCCUCUAGCUUCCCUGCCUCCUUCCUCUCUGCCAUGCAUUUUCUGCCUGCUCUCCCUCCCGCGCCACCAUCUCUCAUUCGACCGAUUUCCCUUGACCCCCAUUCCGUUCUCUGGUGUUCACUGCUCUGUGGUGCUGUGCUGCCACGUGGCGCCCAUGCAGGAGGCUGCUGUGGUGGCCCCCACAUUCUUCUGAGCAUCACAGCGCUGCUCCGUGGUGCUGUGCUGCCACGUGGCGCUCAUGCAGGAGGCUGCCGUGGUGGCCCUCACCUCAUCACCCUUUUCAUCUUGCUCCCCGCCUGCCUCCCCCGCCAGUUCUUCCGAGCAUCGCAGCGCUGCUCCGUGGUGCUGUGCUGUCGAGUGGCGCCCAUGCAGAAGGCUGCUGUGGUGGCACUUGUGAGGCAGCUGUCAGGGGAAUUAACCCUCGCUAUUGGCGAUGGCGCCAACGACGUGCCGAUGAUUCAGACUGCCGCCAUAGGGGUGGGCAUACGAGGCCACGAGGGGAGACAAGCGGUGAUGGCGAGCGACUUUGCCAUCUCGCAGUUCCGCUUCCUCGCUCGCCUGCUGCUGGUGCACGGGCACUGGAACUACCACCGCAUGGCCUACAUGAUCGUCUACAACCUCUACAAGAACACCGUCUUCGUGCUCCUGCUCUUCUGGUACCUCUCCCAAACAGCAUUCUCCACCACCCCAGCCAUUGGCCAGCUGAGCCUCAUGUUCUUCUCGCUCACCUACACCACCCUCCCCACCGUCGUCGUCGCCUCCAUCGACCAAACCCUCCUGCCCGCCCGCCUGCUCGCCUGGCCGCAGCUCUACGGCGCCGGGCAGCGCGAGGAAACUUACAACCUGCCCGUGUUUCUGGCUGCCAUGCUGGAUGCCACGUGGCAGAGCCUGGUGCUGUUUCUGGUGGGCGUGGCAACAGUGAGUGGGCUGGAUGGCGACAUGUGGGCGUUGGGGCAGACGUGGUUGGUGGCGCUGGUGCUGGUGGUGACAGUGCAUCUUGCGAUGGACAUCCGACGGUGGACGUGGCUCCACGCGGCUGCGAUUGCGAUCGCUAUACUCGUUACAGUGGUCUCGAUAGUGGUUAUUGACUACAUCCCUCUGCUGCCUGAAUAUGGGUCGUUCCGAUACGCCAUCGCCACGUCAACCUUCUGGUUGGACGUGCUGCUGAUGGUGGUGCUGGCACUGCUGCCGCGUUUCUGUGUCAAGGUGGCCUACCAAAAAUGGUGGCCCUCUGAUAUACAAAUAGCAUACGAGCACGAAUGUGUACAUACGGAUCGUCGUUCACGCCUCGCUCUCUUGUAA